CGUCAUACAAUAAUAAGGAAGUAGCGGCCAAACAGCCAUAACAGCACCAGUCAGAUUUUUGUUGGUGCAUUAGUCUUUUAUUACGCGUUGUAAAUAUAAAAUAAGUCUCAAAGUGAGAACUGAAGACCAAAACAAGAGCAUCUUCUCUCCUCCAUCCUCCCAGUCUGCUCUCAGCCUGCUGCAGCUAUAUUAGUGGUUGUUUUUAUGCUUUGUUGUGGUGUCUCUGUGGUUCAUGAAGGAGCUCUAUGGACAGAUACUCACUCCAGAGAGUCAUCGGUGAGGGCUCUUUCGGUCGGGCUUUGUUAGUCUGCUGUAAAAGCAGUCAGGAGAAGUAUGUGGUCAAGGAAAUCCAGCUGCCAAAGAAUCAUUCCAAAUUGGAGAAUUCGAGGAGAGAAGCCGUCCUGCUGUCCAGAAUGAAACAUCCUAAUAUCGUGGCUUUCAGGGAGGCAUUCGAAGCUGAUGACCUCCUGUGUAUUGUGAUGGAGUACUGCAGUGGAGGAGACCUGCUCCAGAGGAUCCGGCAACAGAAAACUACGCAGUUCUGUGUUGAUGAUAUCUUGAGGUGGUUUGCUCAAAUGUGUGCUGCAGCACAGCAUAUCCACAAUAAACGGGUUUUGCACAGAGAUCUGAAGUCCAAGAACAUUUUCCUUACAGAUAAUGGGACAAUCAAGCUCGGGGACUUUGGCUCGGCGUGUAUUCUGAACAGCUCAAAGGCAUACGCUCAUACGUAUGUUGGGACACCAUAUUAUGUGGCUCCAGAAAUCUGGGACAACAAGCCAUACAACAACAAGAGUGAUGUGUGGUCUCUGGGCUGCGUUCUCUACGAGCUGUGCACCCUGCGACACCCGUUCCAGGCACCCAGCUGGAAGAGCCUGAUCCUUAAGGUGUGUCGGGGUGCGUACCCUCCCCUCCCCGGUCACCUGCCCUACGAGCUGCAGUAUCUGCUCAAGCAGAUGUUCAAGACAAACCCAAAAGACCGUCCGUCCCUGCGCAGCAUCCUGACCUCUCACCGGGUUGCCAGACUCCUGCGUACCCAUCUGCCCCCCCAGGCGCUGGAGACGCAGGAACAGGGGAGACGGACGGGUCGAUGGGACAGAGAAGAGGGAAAGAAGGUGGCUAAUCUUCUGGGAGAGAAGAGUUUAAUAAAAACGUCAACAUUUGAAGGAGUGGCGUUACCUGAAGCCCACUGUGAAAGCAGAGAGCCGGUUCCUCGAAGGCAGUGGGCCGCUGAGCCAUCAGACACUGUGCUGCAGAUGUUGGCCAACGCCAGCCUCGUCUCAUUUGACAGCACGGCAUCAACGAACCAGACCCUCGCAGGUUCUACUCAUGGAAGUGCAUCAGAGGAGCUAGAGGACAGGAGACAGAGGAGACGAUGGGACAGGGAUCCUCCUGAGAGGCUGCUGAGUCUGCUGGAGAAAGCCCCUCUGAGCAGAGCCUUCAGCACCUUUUUAGUAAACACAGGAGGUGAGGACCCUCUGGUGGGACCCCUCUCCCAGCCGCAGGGGGACAACACUGACGGUCCGGAGCCUGACGUGGCUGUAGAUGAGGACAGGCUGCAGCCUCGCUCUGAUGAUGAGGACACAGACUUUGAGGAAGAAUCUCCAUGUGACUGGAUGGAUGAAGUUGAGAAAAUGUUCUUGGAACACUAAAGCCUCAUUUCUUCUGAGCCUGCACACUCACAAGGCUGUCAUUGAUGUUUACAGUCACCAAAGACACUAAAUCAUUUCACUUCAUGUAUAUAAGACCAGGUCUUGAUCUUAUAAAUGAGGACCAAUUUUUAUAGCAGCUUAUAUCCAAGUUUUCAAAAACCCAGUUAAGCUCAGACAGUAAUAGUGAGACAGUACGUUUCUUAUAUCGUGUAUUUCAGGCUCUGCACAGAUUUUUGUGAACUUGAUCACACUGCUGCAGAAAACACUAAAAUUUGAAAUAUUGUUCAACUUGUUGCCAUAAAAACCUCUUUUACAUAAAGAUGUUUGAGAUGUGUGUGUGUGUGUGUGUGUGUGUGUGUGUUCUGCCUCUCAUCUGCUGUGUACUGUUCAGGGUUCCCAGUGGUAACAUUCCCAGUAGAUUGAGGCCGUCUGGAAGCUCCUGUUUGGCUUGUCGGGGGAAGCAGGAAAUAUUAGACUCAGAGCAGCUGGGUCUCCAUCAGGUCACACCAU